GCAGCACCGAUAUCACUUCCGGGUGUCGGUGCGUAUCUCCACGCUGACAGUGCAGACUGUGUUCUCUGUUCUGGUCUAUGAUUGUUAGACGUUUCUUUUCCUGUCUACUGGCAAACUAACUUCAGCCGCAAGGAUGCCCGGGAUACUGCUGGGAGACGUUUUCCCGGACUUCGAGGCGGACACCACCGUCGGGAGGAUCAGCCUGCACGCUUUCCUGGGAAACUCCUGGGGAGUCUUAUUCUCGCACCCACGUGACUACACCCCGGUGUGCACCACCGAGCUGGGCCGGGCCGCCAAGCUCAGCGCCGAGUUCCGCAAGCGUGACGUCAAGAUGAUCGCCCUGUCCCUCGACUCCGUGGAGGACCAUCUAGGUUGGAGCAAGGACAUCCUCGCCUACAAUAGCGACUCUUCCUGCAAUGCCUUGCCCUUCCCCAUCAUCGCGGACGACAAGCGGGAGUUAGCCGUCAAGCUAGGCAUGCUGGAUCCGGACGAGAGGGACAAGGACGGCAUGCCGCUCACAGCACGCUGCGUGUUUGUGAUUGGCCCAGACAAGAAACUGAAGCUGUCAAUCCUGUACCCGGCCACAACGGGGCGCAACUUCGACGAGCUGCUGCGGGUGAUCGACUCGCUGCAGCUGACCGCGCAGAAACGCGUGGCGACGCCAGUGGACUGGAAGCCAGGGGACAAUGUCAUGGUUGUUCCAAAUCUUUCUGAUGAUGAGGCUGCAUCCCUCUUCCCUUCCGGUGUGACUACCAAAGACCUGCCGUCUGGCAAGAAGUAUCUGCGGUACACUCCGCAGCCAUGAGGGGGCCCCAGAGAGCUGGCACUUUGAAACAACGUAGAUUACUUGAUGAAGAGCAGGGUCCCAGAUCUACCCACUGUGCUACCUGUAACUUUCUCUCUAAAUUGAACAUGCACACAUCACUAUGCCUUAACCAGGUGCAAUAUUUAUGGUAAGUCUGUUCAUACUAAAGGCGAGUAAAUGGAACAAUCUACGUACAAGGAAUAUACUGCAUCCAUUAUAUGCAUCUAGCUCACACUUAAUUCUGUCUGCUGCAGCCUGCAUAUUAGUUAGGGCUUUUCUGGUUGAUUUUUGUCUUUGGUUGUUUGACAAACAAUCCAGUGCUGUAGCCCUGCUGAUGGGUGGGACAUCUAAGGAAUACAUGAUUCCACCCUCUGUGCACUUACCAUUCACCAGUAAAUCAGCUGUGCUUGCAUAUCUGUGACCUACCUGAGGUCCUGUAAUAAAACAUCUUCAUUUCAGUCUAUUAAA